GCGAAGAGGCUGCAAAGCCGCACAAAGAGAAAAUCAAAAGGAACAAUGAAUCGGCAAGUACUGUUAUGUAUCUCUCUCUUUUUCAUCGACUCAGUGUUUACGCAAGUCAGCUACUCUAUUCCAGAAGAAACGCCAAAGGGUUCACUGGUAGGAAAUGUAGCUCAGGAUUUAGGUUUAGAGAUUAAACGUUUGAUAUCAGGCAAAGCGAGGAUCUACACUAGAAGCAGCGAGGAGAACGUCGAGCUAAACAGAGAAAGGGGUGUUCUCCUCGUAAAGGAGAGAAUUGACAGAGAGGCGCUGUGUACGGAGACUGCGCUUUGUGCUUUACACUUUCAGAUCAUUUUAGAGAAUCCUAUGGAAUUUUACACCGUUACAGUCCAUAUCACAGAUGUUAAUGACAAUGCACCAACGUUCGAUAAAGCUGAGAUGACGUUCAGAAUUAGCGAAUCUGCAAUAACGGGGGCUAAAUUUGUACUGGAAAGGGCUGAAGAUCUUGACGCUGGAAAUAACGGGGUCCAAAAAUAUGAGUUAAAACCAACACAAAAUUUUGCACUUAACCUACAAAGUAUUGCUGAUGGCAAUAAAAACGUCGAGAUGAUAUUGCAGAAGCCUUUAGACAGAGAGAAACAAGAACAGAUUACUCUCCUCUUAACAGCUGUAGAUGGAGGAGAGCCGCAGAUGACAGGAACAAUGCUGAUUGUUAUCACAGUUUUAGAUGUUAAUGAUAAUGCUCCCGUUUUUACACAGCAAACAUAUGAAGCUACAGUAAGAGAAAAUUCCCCUAAAGGAACAGUGGUUGCCACUGUUACAGCCUCAGAUGCAGAUCAAGGCUCUAAUAGUAAAAUAACAUAUUCAAUAAGAAAUACCUUAGGAAAUGUGAGGAAAAUGUUUGAAGUGGAUCAAGAAAAUGGUGAUGUUAUUCUAAUUGGAAACAUCGAUUAUGAAAAGUCAAAGCGUUUCCAAGUGAAUUUGGGUGCUAGUGACGACGGGGGACUCACUGACUCUUGUAAAUUAAUUGUUGAAGUGCAAGAUGUCAAUGACAACACACCAGAAAUUAACAUAAUGUCAAAAUCCACGGUCAUAUCAGAGGAUGCAGGAAUCAAUACUGUUGUCACGAUGAUAAAUACCGAAGACGCAGAUUCAGGAGAAAACGGAAACGUCAAAUGCUUUAUUAGUGAAAAUAUACCAUUCGUCUUAAAAUCAUCAACAAACAAUUUCUUUAGCCUCGUGACAGACAGUGAUUUAGAUAGAGAGAGGGUAUCUAAAUAUAACAUCACAGUAACAUGUUCUGAUGAGGGAGUACCCUCCCUCUCCAGCAGCGUCACUCUCACGUUACAGAUCUCUGAUGUGAACGACAACGCGCCUGUUUUUGAGAGGAGCUCAUAUGAGGCCUACAUUGUAGAAAACAACACACCUGGUCUCUCUAUAUUCACAGUGAAAGCUACAGACGCUGAUUGGAACCAGAAUGCCCGUGUUUCUUACAUACUGGAGGACUCCUCUGUUAACGGAGUGCCAGUCUCCUCAUAUGUAUCCGUUAGUGCUGAUAGUGGAGUCAUCCAUGCAGUGCGCUCUUUUGACUACGAGCAGAUCAAAGAUUUCCUGUUCCGCGUCAAAGCGCAGGAUGGAGGAUCUCCUCCACUCAGCAGCAACGUGACUGUGGAAAUACUGAUCCAGGACCAGAACGAUAACCCUCCUCAGGUUCUGUACCCAGUCCAGACUGGUGGCUCUGUGGUGGCUGAAAUGGUUCCUCGUUCAGCAGAUGUGGGUUAUCUGGUCACAAAAGUGGUGGCUGUUGAUGUGGACUCUGGACAGAAUGCCUGGCUCUCCUAUAAACUACAGAAAUCCACAGACAGGGCGCUGUUUGAAGUGGGCUUACAGAAUGGAGAAAUAAGAACUAUCCGCCAAGUGACUGAUAAAGAUGCUGUCAAACAAAGACUGACUGUUAUCGUGGAGGACAACGGACAGCCCUCUCGUUCAGCUACAGUCAUUGUUAACGUGGCGGUGGCGGACAGCUUCCCUGAAGUGCUGUCGGAGUUUGUUGACUUUACACACGACAAGGAGUACAAUGACAACAUGACUUUUUACUUAGUGUUGGCUCUGGUUGUAGUUUCCUUCCUCUUCAUCACGUGUUUGGUGGCUAUUAUAUCAGUGAAAAUCUACAGAUGGAGACAGUCUCGCAUCCUGUACCACUCCAACCUCCCUGUGAUUCCAUAUUAUCCUCCACGUUACUCAGACACUAUGGGAACAGGAACUCUUCCACACGUGUACAAUUACGAGGUGUGCAGGACUACUGACUCCAGAAAGAGUGACUGUAAGUUCGGCAGAGCUGGUAGUCAGAACGUGCUGAUAAUGGACCCCGGUUCUACAGGAACUAUGCAGAGGAUUCAAAGUGAGAAGAGCAUCCUGGACGAACCAGAUUCUCCCCUAGAGGUCAGCUUCACGUUUUUAUCUUUAUUCUGGUCAAUCAGCAAGAAUGUUAUUUUAACUUGCUCCGAUUUUUCUUAUUAA